AUGAAUGACGGCACACUCGCCAUUCGUGGAGAGAAGGUUCCGUUGCGAAAUGUAGGCGGUGUUGGUUUCGUUGUGCACCCAUCUGUCGUCCAUCUCGUCGAUUCUCACGAGAUCCUGUCACCUCGUCUGGCCAUUCUUCGCCUCCGCCCUCUGCGCCAAAAAUCCAUCAGUAUCAUCAACUGCUAUUCACCAACAUCAGCAGCUGAUGAUUCCGAAUUGGACGCGUUUUACGAGAAGCUGGAGGAAGUAGUCAGCAACGAGAGGUCCUUUUACAAAUUCGUUGUCGGAGACUUCAACGCAAAACUAGGAAAGGCCACAGAAGAGAAAUACAGGAUUGGAAGAUUUGGACUAGGGGACCGGAAUGAAAAUGGCAAUCGUCUCGCCGGGCUGUUGUCCGCCGCUCGCCUCUUUCAUGGGAACUCUCUUUUCAUGAAAAAAGAUCAUCGUCGGUGGACAUGGGAAUCGCCCAAUGGCGUGACUCGUGCGGAGACCGACCACAUACUCACCAACCAGAGGUGGUGUCUACUUGACGUCUCAGUAGUACCAUCCUUUUGUAGUGGUUCUGAUCACCGUCUCCUUCGUGCGAAAAUACGACUUAGCCACACGAUGGAAAAGAACAUCUGCUAUCGGCAACGAAGGAGAAAAGAAGUCGCGCACGGCAAACUUGGAUCGAAUUUCGAAGACCACCAAGGAAUUGUUAGAAAGAAGAAGGGCUUUGAGGCUUGA